UGGUCUUUUGUGCGAACGCGCUAUCGUAAAAAUAGCGUCAGCCUGGGCGUAUCCAUUUUUCUAGUAGGUGAUGACUAGGGGUUAAUCUUAGGAGAGAAUUUUCUAGAAGAAAAAGGAAGAAAUAGAUCGCGCGGUGAAACCAAACCCUAUCGGAAUCGCAUUUAUCAGAGAUGGAGCAGUUUACGUUUAAAGGUUCUAUUCCUGAAGCAAUUGUUGAAGCUAAACAGCAGAAGAAACUUUUUGUAGUCUAUGUUUCAGGGAAUGAUGGAGCAUCAGUGCCUGCGGACGAAUCUGCUUCUGUGGAUUUAGAUGUGGCAGCUUCAAUAACGAAGUACUGCAUAUUCUUGCAUCUUGUGCAAGGAAGUACCGAAGCUUCACAGUUUUCUGCAAUUUACCCACAAAAAUCUGUCCCUUGUGUUACAAUUAUUGGGUACAAUGGAGUAAUGCUGGCGCAGCAUGAGGGUCUUAUCAAUUAUGAGAUUCUAGUAUCUAGUGCUAAACAAGGUUGGAUUAGUCUUCAAAUUCAGGAAACAGCUGCAACUGCAAUCCUGUCUAAAGCAGCAGCUUUGGCAUCAAGUAAUACACAGGCACAAAGUUCCAGUUCUUCCAGCACAACCUCGUUUGAGCAAGGACGUUCUUCGAGCAGCGAGAUGCCGUCAUCUUCCAAAGAGGAGUCCCCUCAGAAUUCGAAGCAAACAAAAGAAAAACAAGAUGAAGCGAGAACAGAGGAAACAAUUGCAGCUUUGGCAUCAAAUAAGACAGAAGCACAAACUCCCGAUUCUUCCAACACUACCUCGUUUGAACAAGGAGGUUCUUCGAGCAGCGAGAUUUUGCCACCUUCAAAAGAGAAGUCCUGUCAAGAUUUAAAGGAGCAACAGUUGCUUAUUGCGAAGCAAAAUUUAAAGGACCAGCAGUUGCUUAUUGCGAAGCAAAAAAAGGAAAAACAAGAAGCAAUAGCUGAGUCAAAGCGUGCCCGCGAAAAUCGGAAAAGGUCUUCCGAUGUUGCUAGUGGACGUAUCAAAACAGGGGAGAGCAGGGUUUUGAAAGAUUCGGGUCUUGAAUCUGUGGGUGCUGGAAUAUCUGCCAAUGUGAUGAAAACCAGUGCACUUGAUAAGAAGGAUGAUUCAUUAGAUAACAUCACAGAUGCUCGUAAAUCAACUGAUGUUCAUCUAAAUAUCCGUUUGCCUGAUGGUGCUAGUCUUCAGAAGAAAUUUUUAGUGACCGACACCUUGGGAUCAGUCAAAAACUAUGUGGAUGAGAACCAAAGUAGUCUUGGUGCAUAUGAUCUAGCUGUUCCCUAUCCUCGCAGAGUCUUCAGUGAGCAAGAUUUGAGGAAAGAACUGUCAGAGCUGGAAUUGCUGAACAGACAGGCAUUGAUAGUCGUUCAACAUCAUCGAUCCAGUAGCUUAAUCAAGAGGCUGUCAUUCUCGGGUGACCAGAGUGACGUUAAUACAAGCAACGAGGGAUAUUUUGGCAGCAUCAAGAGGUUAUUAUCUUAUGUUAAUCCAUUCUCGUAUCUUGGUAAUAGCGUCAGCGCCACAAGUUCUGGAUAAGGUCCCAAUGAGGGUUUAUGGCAGUAUCGUCCAAAUCCCGACCUCCGAAAUCAACUUUCAGGGCCAGAGAGGACGAACGUUCCAUACUCACCUAAUACUAACACCACAGGGACCAACCAAAAUACCAACAAGAGCAGUAAACCAACAGUGUCAGGUUUUGGAAGCAGCAAUGUCCGUACUUUGAACAAUUACAGAAACGAUGAUGGCCCAUCCUCAGCGAAUGAUCGAAAUACUUUCUGGAACGGUAAUUCUACAGAGUAUGGAGGCAACGACAACAACGAUGGCAAAUGAACCACUGACUUUCAGCAUUUACCAUGACAUGAGAAAGAACGAUUAGCUACCAUUACAGUAUAGAUAGGGUUGAAGGUAUACAUGAUGCAUGUAGAGACUUUUUUCUUUCUUUCUUUUCUAUUUUUCAUUUCUUCUUUCUUUUGGUUUUGUGAUUCCCAAAAUUGAUGCCAAAUAGAAGGGCAAAUGACGUUGUCUGCCGGGGAAAACAUAUUUAUCUUUUAAAUUAUUAUAUUUAUUUAUAUUCAGGGUUUGAAAUGUUGAU